AAAAAACCCUCCCACUUUCCAAUUCACAGUCUCCAAGCCGUUCCAAAUUCUCAUCCCCAUAUUCCACUACCAAAUUGAAAUUCAAUGCAAGAAACCUUCCCACUUCCAAUUCAAUCCUGUCUUCGGGCUCGGCUGCUCUCAAUUCCAAAUGUUGAAGCAAAAUCUAGCCAUUUAAUCCUCCCUCGUCGUCGCUGCCAACCGUUCGACUCCAUCCGCUAGUGAUUCUACCACCACAAACGGCUGAAGACAACAAUACACUUAGAAUUUUGAGAUAUAUACGUAGUGCUACCUGCUCGCUCUUCGUCGCCAUUCUAUUGUAUUGUUACUUGAUUCCACUCCUCCAUCAUCAUUCGCCAAAGCAUUAAGGUUAGUAUAGCAUUCUGAUUUUAAUUCCCGUUCGGUGGCUCCAGUCAAUUUAUGAUUUUAGCGAAUUUGUGAUUUGUGAAUAUGUGAUUUGUCAAUUGUAAAUUUGUUGAUGGAUAAUUAAUUUUUGAUUUGUGUUUGUGAAUUGUGAUUCGUGAGAUUUAGUUGGGGAUUGUAUCAACAAUUCGAAAUAGAUACAAUAUUAUUAAUGAGAUUGUAAUUUAUGAAAUCGUUAAACUUAGUAACUUAAACCAUUAUUGAUAGAAAGAUUACUUUUUCACUUGAAUUGAUUCUUUUCAUUAUAUGUUUGUAUCCGUUAUGGAAAAGUACUUUAAAUGUAAAUCUGCGUUUCCUUGCGGUGAGCAAAAUGUUAAUGAAAGAAAUGUUCGAGAUAAAAGGGAUGGACGUGAUGCUGGAUAUAAAAAGGAUGACGAACUUGGUGAUGAAAUGAAUGAAAUUGGUGGAACUAGUCUUGGAGAUGUCCCAAUUGAAAUAAAUACUAGGGAUAUUGGGGAUGAAAGGCUUGAAUUUGAUGUUGCACAGCUUCCUUCGGAUCUUGGAUUGAGGAUUACAAUACAAAAUUAUGAUGCUGAUGUUCGAGAUGUAGUUCAAAGAGCAUAUGUGCAAAGGGGUCCAUGUCAGCCUCGCAAUCAUGAAUUUCCACCCAAAAAAAAAUGGCUAAUAAAGAUAGGUGAUUUUGUAUUUCAUGGCAUAACGAGUAUCCUAGUUGGUUGGAAUAUAGCAUAGCAAAAGAUGCUGUAUUUUGCUUAUACUACUAUCUUUUUAGCUCAAGUGAUGGUUCAUUUGUUAAUGGUGGGUUCUCAAAUUGAA